AUGGAAUGGUCUACAAAAUUUAAUCAAGACCAAACUAAUAAUAAUGAUCUAACUACAGAAUUAUCUACAGAUUUUACCCAAUAUCAAACUAAUAUAAGUUUGCCAAACACUUAUAAUAAUCCAUCCAUAGAACGAUCCACAGACUUUAGUCAAAAUCAACCUAAUAAUAAUCUUUUUACAGAAUGGACUACGGGUACCACAGAUUUUACUAAUAAUUCAUCAUUUACGCCAUACCAAAUUACUACAAAUUUACUAAAUAUUUUCAAAAAUUCGAUUAUAGAAUUACCCGUAGGCAUUGCUCAAAAUAAUGAGGAUCAAACUAAUUACAAUUUAUCUACAGAACAGACCGCAUGCUUUACUCAAGAUCAAACUAAUACAGAUUCGCCAAAUAUUCAUAAUUCAGAAAUUACUCAAUAUCAUGAAAAUAAUACUUUACCACAAUAUAAUGCAAAAUCAGUUAAAGAAAAUAAGCGCCCAGUUUCACUUGUUUCUAGGCGUAAAAAAUAUAUAAGUAAAAAGUGCAAGACAUGUAAUUUCAAAAGAUCUCACUAUGAUGAAAAUUCUAAUCAAUGUAAAUAUUGUUAUCGGGCCUCAUUACGAGUCUUGAGUGGUAAUAAAUUAAUUGACAAUUUUAUUGAAUCAACGCAAACCUUUUAUCGAAACUGUAAACAUAACAAAAAAUUAGAAUUUAUUCCGUAUGACCAAUUUAUUAAUAUUGAAUAUCUUGCUAAAGGAGGCUUUAGUAAAAUAUAUAAAGCAACAUGGGUUGAUGGGCCUAUUUCUCGUUGGAAUCCUAAAAAGCAAGAAUAUGGCCGAAAAAAAAAUUAUGAGGUUGCGCUUAAAAUUCUUAAUAAUUCUAAUAAAAUGGAUUCUGAUUAUUUAAAUGAGCGCAAAUUCAUUAUCUUGGAUAGAAAAAUUAAAACUAUUACAGAACAUUUCACUUGGACUUGGAUAUAUAUUCUUAAUGGUCUUCGCCCCAAAAUUCCAAUUGAUAUUCCACACGAAUUAGUUAAAUUAUUAAUGGAAAGUUGCUGGCAUUCAGAUCCGGACAAAAGAAUUGAUCUCAGUUCUUAUUGGUUGAAUCUUUAUGAAAUUAUUAAAAAAGCAGAAGGAGGUGAAAUAAAAUUUCCAGAAAAUAAAAGUGCAACUAUUUUACCACCUAAAAUGAACGAACAAGGAAUUUAUUCCAGUCGACUAUUAACACCGUUAAUUAGUAAAGCAUUGACUUUGCAAAGUAUGAAACUAAAUAGCAACAUAAUUACUGACAUUCCAACGGUAAUAAUGCAAAAACUAAACGGUAACCAAACAGAUGAUGAUUCUAAAGCGAUUGAAUUUGAUAUAAACAAAUUAUAA